UCUUCAUUUUUUUUUUGUGGCCGGAGAAAUUAAAAAAAAAAAAAAAGAGUCAAACAAUGGCUUCCCUCUGUGCUUCUUCCGCCAUUACCGCCGUCUCUUCUCCAAGUUCGCAGAAGAGUGGAUCCAUCGUGGGAACAACGAGAGCCGGUUUCUUGGGAGGGAAGAAACUGAGAGUGAAGAAGAACGCAGCAGCUGAGGUGGCGGCGGGUCGGUCCGCGACGGUUGCAGCCGCGGUGGACCCAGACAGACCCCUCUGGUUCCCCGGCAGCACCCCUCCCCCUUGGCUCGACGGCAGCCUCCCCGGCGACUUCGGAUUCGAUCCCCUCGGCCUCGGAUCCGACCCGGAGAGCCUAAGAUGGAACCAGCAAGCGGAGCUGGUCCACUGCCGGUGGGCGAUGCUAGGAGCCGCCGGAAUAUUCAUACCGGAGUUCCUAACCAAGAUCGGGAUCUUGAACACUCCGUCAUGGUACACCGCCGGAGAGCAAGAGUACUUCACGGACACGACCACGCUCUUCAUCGUCGAGCUCAUCUUCAUCGGAUGGGCGGAAGGACGUAGAUGGGCAGACAUCAUCAAACCCGGCUGCGUCAACACCGACCCGAUUUUCCCUAACAACAAGCUGACUGGUACGGACGUCGGGUACCCGGGCGGGCUAUGGUUCGACCCCUUGGGUUGGGGGUCGGGUGACCCGGCCAAGAUCAAGGAACUUCGGACCAAAGAGAUCAAGAACGGGAGGUUGGCUAUGUUGGCCGUGAUGGGGGCGUGGUUCCAACACAUCUACACGGGAACUGGCCCGAUCGAUAACCUCUUUGCCCACCUCGCCGACCCGGGCCACGCCACCAUUUUCUCGGCUUUCACACCCAAGUGAGAGACGACAAGAAAGGGUCUGCGUAGAAUUGUUGUUUGUUGAUGCCAUGUUGUACAAAUACGGUUAUUAUUAUUGGAUUUCAAUAUAUUAUAUGGUCGAAUGCAA